GCUGCCGCAGUGCUGCCCUCCCCGUCCUGGCCUUGGGUAUCCCCCUCCGCCGGCGGCCGCACCUGCUCCGGCCAUGAUGAGCUUCAGCGGCGCGGACGCGCUGCUGGGCGCCCCGUUCGCGCCGCUACAUGGAGGCGGCAGCCUGCACUACGCGCUGGCCCGCAAGGGCGGCGCGGGCGGAGCUCGCUCUGUUGCCGGUUCAUCCAGUGGCUUCCACUCCUGGGCGCGGACAUCCGUGAGCUCCGUGUCGGCCUCCCCGGGCCGCUUCCGCGGCGCAGGAGCCACCUCAAGCACCGACUCGCUAGACACGCUGAGCAACGGACCGGAAGGCUGCGUGGUGGCAGCAGCAGCGGCCCGCAGCGAGAAGGAGCAGCUGCAGGUGCUGAACGACCGCUUCGCAGGCUACAUCGACAAGGUGCGGCAGCUCGAGGCUCACAACCGCAGCCUGGAAGGCGAGGCGGCGGCCCUGCGGCAGCAGCACGCUGGCCGCGCCGCCAUGGGCGAGCUGUACGAGCGAGAGGUGCGUGAGAUGCGCGGCGCGGUACUGCGCCUGGGUGCGGCGCGCGGCCAGCUGCGCCUGGAGCAGGAGCACCUGCUCGAAGACAUCGCGCACGUGCGCCAGCGCCUAGACGACGAGGCCCGGCAGCGGGAGGAGGCAGAGGCGGCGGCGCGCGCACUUGCGCGCUUUGCGCAGGAGGCUGAGGCUGCGCGCGUCGAGCUGCAGAAGAAGGCGCAAGCGCUGCAGGAAGAGUGCGGCUACCUGCGGCGUCACCACCAGGAGGAGGUGGGCGAGCUGCUCGGCCAGAUCCAGGGCUGCGGCGCCGCGCAGGCGCAGGCGCAGGCCGAGGCGCGCGAUGCCCUGAAGUGCGACGUGACGUCGGCGCUGCGCGAGAUCCGCGCGCAACUUGAAGGCCACGCGGUGCAGAGCACACUGCAGUCGGAGGAGUGGUUCCGAGUGAGGCUGGACCGACUAUCGGAGGCAGCCAAGAUGAACACAGAUGCUAUGCGCUCAGCACAGGAGGAGAUAACAGAGUAUCGCCGCCAGCUGCAGGCCAGGACCACAGAGCUGGAGGCUCUCAAAGGCACCAAGGACUCACUGGAGAGGCAGCGCUCUGAGCUGGAGGACCGUCAUCAGGCUGACAUUGCAUCCUACCAGGAAGCCAUCCAGCAGCUGGACACCGAGCUGAGGAACACCAAGUGGGAGAUGGCAGCCCAGCUCCGAGAGUACCAGGACCUGCUCAAUGUCAAGAUGGCCCUGGAUAUUGAGAUUGCCGCUUACAGAAAACUCCUGGAGGGUGAAGAAUGUCGGAUUGGCUUUGGCCCCAGUCCUUUCUCCCUUCCAGAAGGACUUCCCAAAAUCCCCUCUACAUCCACUCACAUAAAGGUCAAAAGCGAAGAGAAGAUCAAGAUGGUAGAAAAGUCAGAGAAGGAAACCGUGAUUUUGGAGGAACAGACAGAGGAGAUCCAAGUGACUGAAGAAGUGACUGAAGAAGAAGAGAAAGAGGCCAAAGAGGAGAAAGGUGAGGAGGAGGAAGCAGAAGGGGGAGAAGAAGAAACAAAGUCUCCCCCAGCAGAAGAGGCUGCAUCUCCAGAGAAGGAAGAGGCCAAGUCACCAGUUGGAGCCAAGUCCCCAGUGAAGGAAGAAGCUAAGUCCCCACCUGAGGCCAAGUCCCCAGUGAAGGAAGAGGCCAAGUCCCCAGAAAAGGCCAAGUCCCCCAUGAAAGAAGAAGCAAAAUCACCAGCUGAGGCCAAGUCCCCAGGGAAGGAAGAGGCCAAAUCUCCAGCUGAGGUGAAGUCCCCUGAGAAAGCUAAAUCCCCCAUGAAAGAAGCAGCAAAAUCCCCAACUGAGGUGAAGUCCCCAGAGAAGGCCAAGUCCCCAGCUAAGGAAGAAGCAAAGUCUCCAGUGGAGGCCAAGUCCCCCGAAAAGGCCAAGUCUCCAGUGAAGGAAGAGGCCAAAUCCCCAGAGAAGGCCAAAUCCCCAGUGAAGGAAGAGGCCAAGUCCCCUGAGAAGGCCAAGUCCCCAGUGAAGGAGGAGGCCAAGUCCCCAGAGAACAAAUCCCCAAUGAAGGAAGAGGCCAAGUCCCCAGAGAAGGCCAAGUCCCCAGUGAAGGAAGAGGCCAAGUCCCCAGAGAAGGCCAAGUCCCCAGUGAAGGAAGAGGCCAAGUCCCCAGAGAAGGCCAAGUCCCCAGUGAAGGAAGAGGCCAAGUCCCCAGAGAAGGCCAAGUCCCCAGUGAAGGAAGAGGCCAAGUCCCCAGAGAAGGCCAAGUCCCCAGUGAAGGAAGAGGCCAAGUCCCCAGAGAAGGCCAAGUCCCCGGUAAAGGAACGGGCCAAGUCCCCUGAGAAGGCCAAGUCCCCGGUGAAGGAAGAGGCCAAGUCUCCAGAGAAGACCAAGUCCCCAGUGAAGGAAGAGGCUAAGUCCCCUGAGAAGGCUAAGACUCUUGAUGUGAAGUCCCCAGAAGCCAAGACUCCAGCAAAGGAGGAAGUAAGGUCCCCUGCAGACAUCAAAUCUCCCGAAAAGACAAAAAGCCCUGUCAAGGAGGAGGUCAAGUCCCCAGAGAAGGUCAAAUCUCCUGUGAAAGAAGAGACCAAGGCUCCUGCAAAAGAGGUGGCAAAGAAGGGAGAGGCAAAGUCCCCCAAAAAGGAGGAAGAGAAACCCCAGGAAGUGAAAGUGAAAGAGCCCCCAAAGAAGGUAGAGGAAGAGAAGGCUCCAGUCACACCAAAAACUGAGGAGAAGAAGGACAGCAAGAAAGAUGAGGUGCCAAAGGAGGCUCCAAAGCCUGAAGUCCAGGAAAGGAAGGGACCUGCUGUGGAGAAACCCAAAGAACCCAAAGUCGAAGCCAAGAAAGAGGCUGAAGAUAAGAAAAAAGCAGUGACCCCAGAAAAGGAGGCUCCUGCCAAGGUGAAGGAAGAGGCCAAACCCAAAGAGAAGGCUGAGGUGGCCAAGAAGGAGCAAGAUGAUGCCAAGGCCAAAGAACCCAGCAAAGCAGCAGAGAAGGAGCCAGAAAAGCCAAAGAAGGAAGAGACACUGGCAGCACCCGAGAAAAAAGAUGUCAAGGAGGCCAAGAAGCCUGAGGAGAAACCCAAAGAAGAGCCCAGCAAGGAGGCCACCACACCUGGCAAAGCCAAGACAGAAAAGGCUGAGAAAUCCUCUAGCACAGACCAGAAAGACAGCAGGCCUCCAGAGAAGGCCACAGAAGACAAGGCCUCCAAGGGGGAGAAGUAAGGCAGGGAGAAAGGACUAUCCAGAACAGCCAAAGAAACUCAGGAGGGCCCAGGAGCUCAAGGGUCAACAUAACAAAUUUUCAUUUUUUCUCCCUUUUCUUUAUAUAAGAAGAAACUCUGCUUAGAUGAUGGGGCCCUCCUUCACCAAACAGGAAUUUCUAUUAGCAAUAUGUUAGCAAGAGAGGGUAUUCCCAGCCCCCGGACCUACACCCCAAACCCUCCCCAGGCGAUGGACAAUUAUGUUAUGAUAGCUUACGUAGCCGAAUGUGAUAUAUGCCGAAUGCCACAUGUAAACACUUGACUAUAAAAACUGACCCCCUCCUUUCCAAAUAAGUGCAUUUAUUACCUGUAUGUGCAAUUGACAGAUGACCGCAAUAAUGAAUGAGCAGUUAGAAACACAUUAUGCUUGAGAUGUCUUAACCUAUUCCUGAAUGCCUUGUUUUCCAAAGGAGUGGCCGAGCCUUUGCCCAGAGCUCUCUAUCCUGGAAGAGCUGAGCAGGUGGGGCUGGGCACUGGCCACUGAAUUAUGCCAGGGCGCACUUUU